AGGGAAAGGUUAUUUGUCUUUAUUUCUGUUAAUUUGUCCGUGAUGUAGCUGUAAAAACUAUAGUUUUGAGUAAGCUAUAUUUUAUGUUAUCUAAAAAUGCAGUAAUUAAAUGAUUAUAUAUAUGUUGGUGUUAUUUUGCGUUGGUACAGUGAAGGCAUAUCCAAAGGAUGACCCAAGCAAACCUUGUAAGCUCACUGCCUCUUUGGGUUACAAGGUUGGCAUGACACACAUUGUUCGAGAGGUCGAAAAGCCCGGAUCAAAGCUUCACAAGAAAGAGACGUGUGAAGCUGUCACGAUCAUUGAAACUCCUCCUAUGGUGAUUGUUGGUGUUGUUGGAUAUGUCAAGACACCUCGUGGUCUCCGAAGCUUGAACACUGUAUGGGCUCAUCAUCUGAGUGAGGAGGUCAAGCGUAGAUUCUACAAGCACUGGUGCAAGUCCAAGAAGAAGGCUUUCACCAAGUACUCAAAGCAGUACGAGAGCGAAGAAGAGAAGAAGAGUAUUGAGCAUGACUUGCUCUCAUGUGGAGGAUCUCAUAGCGGAAUCGUCAUGAGGCUAUCCGAAGCGAGGAAAUAUAAGAAGACGACCUUUGCAUUUGUGAGAUUCAAGUCUUUGGCAGAAGCAAAGCUCGCGGUUGAGAGAGGAAAUGGUAGGUUGGUGGAUGGUUAUUAUAUUAAGGUUUUCCUUGCACGAGAUGAAAGCGACGCAGUUCCGAAAACAGGAGGUAAAGUGGGGAAGGUGUGUAGGAGAAUAUUGGAAUUAAAAGAUUCCAGGAUGUUUAAGGAGGUCUUAAUUGGGAUGGCUAAACUAGUCGAGAUGGAUAACAGUACGGUGGAUGCUAAGGGUGGAUAG